AUGACGUUGAAGGACGAUGAGACACCCAAAGAGCUGCGACCGCGCCUUAAAGACCUAUAUGAAAAGUGGAUGCUUCCAAAGGAGAAGACAAAGGACCAAAUAGGAGAUGUCAUAGUGAUGGAGCAGUUUCUCAGAGUUCUUAACCCAGAGCUGAGGACCUGGGUGAAAGAGCGCAACCCCACCACUUCAAAAGAAGCUGCAGAGAUGGCAGAGGCUUUUCUUGCAGCCCGACGCCCACAAAGAGGGUACAUGGUAGGAAAACCCAGUUCAGCCAAUGUUUUUGUGGGUAAGUCAGGGGGUGGGAAUGGGUACAGAGCUAAAGGCCCUAAACAAAGUUCUCCAGUCACUAGCAGUAGCCGCGCUAGAGAAGUAAAGCAGAGAGGCCCGUUGGUGUGUCAUGCCUGUGGGCAAGCAGGUCACUUUAAGGCAGAUUGCCCAGGUCAGCAAGUCAGUAAGACUUACAUGUGUCUUUCACCACAGUGUUUUGACUUGCUAGAGGAAGAAACGGAGUCUCUAGUACCCUCCAGUGAUCAGGAGCACACUAUCUGUGUUUUCAUUGAGGGAAAGCCGUGUGUUGCCCUCUUGGAUUCAAGCAGUAGCCGCACACUUGUCAGGCAAGAUUGUCUCCCUAGUGACACCACAUUUUGUGGUAAAGUGAAAGUCUGGUGUGUUCACGGUGAUAAUGUUGAUUAUCCCAUUGCUAACAUUUGCCUUCAAGUUAAUGAAAAGGAGUAUGUACUUACAGUUGGAGUAAUGGAUAAACUUCCCUACCAGAUUGUGUUGGGCCAGGACAUGCCAAUUCUUGGGGAGUUAUUAGCAAAGACAGAGAAGGACAGAGGAGAAGAAUCUGCAUGUUGCAUGUGAAGGUCUGCUAGUAGUCACUAGGUCUGGUAGUAAAGCUUCUCAGUCAGAGCCAGGUUUGAGUGAGUUGCCCUUUUCAGACAGUGAAAUUCCGGAUGUUGACAGACUAAGUAGGCCGCAUAUAAAGAAAAGUAAAAUGCAGAGAAGACAGGAAAAAGUGAGGGGGACAGAAAUUGCUGAGUCACUUCCUGAACCAGAGAUUGAUGAGCUCCUGGUUGUCCCGAGCAAUAUUGUCCAACUCCAAAGGGAGGACCCCUCUUUAGCACCCCUGUUUGCUAAGAGCACCCAAGAAUCAGCUCAGAUUACAGACAGAGUACGGGAAGUAUUCAUUGUUAAGAACAAACGACUGUAUCGUCGUAGCAAAGUGGGUGACCAGUUGGUUGUUCCCAAAAGCUUAAGGCCUAUAGUCUUGCAGUCGGCUCAUUCAGUUCCUUGGGCAGGCCACUUAGGACAUCUUAAAACCUUUUCCAGAAUGGUAACUUGUUUUUUUUGGCCACAGCAAUUUUCGGAUACUGUCCAGUUUUGUAAAUCAUGUCCACAGUGUCAGUUGACAGCCCCGAGUAGGAAAGGAGACAGAGCCCCACUCAUUCCUAUGCCUGUGAUAGACAUCCCCUUUUCUCGUGUUGCCAUGGAUAUUGUCGGCCCAUUGGAGAGAAGUAGUUCAGGGCAUAGGUACAUUUUAGUGAUUUGUGAUUAUGCAACAAGGUAUCCUGAAGC